UGUCCGAGUCGGUCCGGACCGAGACCGCGGCUUGGUGACGCUCCAGCUACCGGCUACUGUUGUUGUUGUUCAGGAAUUAAAGAUGACACAAAUCCAGAACAUGAUCAGGCCUGACGGUCAAAUCAAAUAAUCUUAAAUAAUAAUAUCUGAUGAAAAUAAUAUCAAUAAUCAAUAAUACUCCUUUUCAUAUUGAUCAGUGAACAUGAGCUGUCACAGCUACACAAUUGUUGUUUGACACUGCAUUUAAAUACAAAUGUAGAAAGAUUUAACACUUUUGUAUCAUUGUUUUAAUAUGAUCUACCUAAAUAAAAUACAUUUAUUUUGAUAUUUACAAGGUGUAGACCGAUUAUCUGGGCCGAUAUUCAAGAUUCAUAUAGUCUAUUUGUACAGAGGGAGAUUUGUCUGCCCCAUAAAAAUACACGAUAAUGAUACAUUACAUACAUCAACAGACACAAGAUGUAAGUACACAACACAAGCGCUAACAAUUGACUGUGUGCCAAAUACAUCCCACCCCUCGCCCUCAUCAUACCCAUACAUAUGUUCAGGAGAAUCACUCAUAUGGGGAUGAAUGAGUUUUUGUAUUUGUUUAGGUUAGUUUCAAUUUAACUGCGAAUGAAUAUUGGUCACAAAUAACAGUUUUCAGUCUCCUUGAUGUCUAAUAAUCGGCUUUGAAAAAGCAGUAUCGGUCAACUCUGAUUAUAUUAACUGUAAUGGAUUACACAAAUGAAUUAAAUAACAAUAUAGUCUGCUGACAGAUUUUUAGGAUUGUACAGAAAUACAGACACUAUGUAAGUAGGCUAUAUGAAGUGUAAGGAGGAGUGCUAUUUACAGAGUGAUUGGCAUUUAUGUAAAUGCGCUGAAACCUGUAAAACAGUCUGGUUUUUGUCCCUGCUCUCUCCCACCUCAUCGCUCUAUCAUGGUGUUUAUGUUUUUCCCCAGCGAGUGUUCAGCUCAUCCUGUUUCUUCCUGUUACGCACAGCAGAUAACAGCGAUAUCCGUUUGUCCAAUGAGCUUCUGUUCCCCCCCCCCCGUCCAGCCCUUCGCCAUGACAUCUUGACGUCAGUCCGUUCAGUCAUCACCAUGAGUGGUGCUGCGCUGGUCGUCGUGGUCGUGGUCGUCUUCUUCUUGGCGCUCUACCUCCUGCAGCGCUACGGAGACCUGCGGAGACAGCAGCGGAUGGUCCUGCUGGGCACGCUGCUGGCCUGGUACCUGUGCUUCCUCAUCGUCUUCAUCCUGCCGCUGGAUGUCAGCACGACCAUCUACAAUCAGUGUCUCCUUGACACGGCGAACCAGCGUACUCCUGUAACGCAAGCGACGCGAUCCAAUCAGACAGAUAACGACGCCUCUACUUAUCCAGCUGUCGGUGAGCCAAAGGCUUGUGAGAAACCAUGGAGUUACAUCCCCGAUGGCAUCCUACCAGUGUUCUGGAGAGUCGUGUACUGGACUUCCCAGUUUCUCACUUGGCUGCUGUUGCCCUUCAUGCAGUCUUACGCUCGGUCGGCAGCAUUCUCCAGAGUCGGGAAGAUGAAAACGGCCCUCAUUGAAAAUGCAAUCUAUUAUGGCACCUAUCUCCUCAUCUUCAUCUCCCUGCUCAUCUAUGUGGCUGCUCACCCUUCGUGGCAGCUCUCAUGGAGGGAGCUCCAGACCAUCGGCAUUACAGCUGCCAACACCUGGGGCCUCUUCCUCCUGGUGCUGUUGCUAGGCUACGGCCUGGUGGAGAUCCCUCGUUCUUAUUGGCUGUCAUCUUCACAUGGUUACCUGCUGGCCAAGACCUACUUCAAGGCAGCGAAAAUGGCUACUGAGAAGGUAGAGGCUGAGGAGAACCUAGCAGAUGUUAUGGAGGACGUGGCAGCUGUUAACGCAUCCGUCAGGCACAACCACCAUCUGAGGAAGUGUGUGGACACCAUUUUGACAAAGUGUCCCGCUGACUACCAAGAGGAUAUGGGGAGACAUGUGGAAAGCCCUGGUGGUGAACAAAACGUCGUUCCCACAAAAAGAAGCCUCAUUAACCUUCAUAAAAAAGUCAUCUCUGCAGUGCACAGACACGCUCAGACUCAGGUCCAGUGGUCUAUCCUGACAGACGAGGCUUUUCAUCUCGAGGAUGUAGCCAAAAGCCAGAGCAGCCCGGUCCGACAGUUGACCCACAGCUUCCCCUCAGCACACCACCACGGGUGGAUCCGCAGGUUCUUUUACACUCCCACUGUCGAGUGGUACUGGGAGUGUUUGUUCCGGCAGCGUUUCUACAGGCUGCUGGCAGUUCUCCUGUGUCUGCUGUCAGCAGCAGUCGUCUGGUCUGAGUGCACCUUCUUCAGCACGCACCCCGUCCUGUCCCUGUUCGCCGUGUUUGUUGACAAGGCUGAGAAAAACCACAACUACAUUUGUAUCGAGAUGGUGUGCUUUGUCAGCAUCCUCUUCCUGUGUGUCUGCGUCUACUCCACAGUGUUCAGGAUCCGAUUUUUCAACUACUACUACCUGGUGCCUCAUCACCAGACUGACGCUUACAGCCUGCAGUUCAGCGGCAUGCUGUUUUGUCGGCUGACCCCGCCUCUGUGUUUAAACUUCCUGGGGCUGAUUCACAUGGACUCCACCAUCUCACACCAGGACAGAAUACAGACGUCCUACACAUCUAUCAUGGGCUCUAUGCGUGUGCUGUCGUUCAUAUCUGACGGCUUCUACAUCUACUAUCCCAUGUUGGUGUUGCUUCUCUGCUUUGCCACUUUUUACAGCCUGGGCUCUCGCUGUUUGAAUCUCCUGGGUUUUCCUCAGUACAUCACUGAUGGAGACUUGACCUCUGACCUGGAGGAUGAAGGCAGGGAACUCAUCAGAAGAGAAAGAAGAAAAAGACAGAAAGCCGAGGAUGGAGAAAAUCGAAGAUGGGAUUGGAGGGAGCGAUAUGGAGUCCAGCGUUCCACUGGACGGACCCGAGAUGGUUACACUGAGAUAAAGGAUAGCCAGGGCAGCCCUGUCACAGAGAUCAAAAACAGUGUUAUCACAUUCAACAGAAGAGACAGGGACACAGAGGAGCAGCAGAGAGGCUUACUGCAACACAAUUCCAGUGAUGAGGAUUCACCAAACAGGAGAUCCACAGGAGGGCGCUACCUGUCUCUUUCACAUCCUCGGGCAGGCAUAUUCGAAGAUGUUUGAUAAACAGAACACAUGGAGGGAAAAGGAGUACAUGCCAGAAAUGGUAACAAGGACUCACUAUUCCUGUCUCCAUGAGGAAACUACGAGUGCAAUGGAUCAUAUGAUAUCUCAGGAAAUGAAGAGGAAGUUGCUGUAUCAGCGAUAUGAACACACAAUCAGGAAAUGGAUGAAAGUGAAAGGAAGAACUCAGUACUGUAUGUCAGCUGAUCUCUGGGACUGGAUUAUUCCCUGAAAGAGAUCACUAACUGUGGAGGGAUGCUUCUCGUCCAAAGCCUUAACCAAUUUGUACACAGCCAAACCUUUUAUAAUCUUUUUUUGACACUAUAGAGCGUUGAAACAGAUGAUGCACCUGUAGUGACUGAGGAUAAGCACACACAAUACAUGUGGAAAUUCAUUGUUGUCUGAAUAUUUGACCAUACAUUUAAAAAGGAAAAGGAAAAAAAGCAAAAAAACAAAACAAGACAACAUGACUGAUUUAUGUUUUCAGUGGGAAGAUAUCAGCAACCUAACUUAUUUCUUGAGACUUGUUUGUAGUCGACAGCCAACUGUCUUUUGUAUAUUUUGUAAUUGUGUGUUUACAACGAUAACUGGAUUAAAAAUGUAAUUUUUCUCAUGAAUGAAAAAUUCAUCAACUCAUAAGUUACUCAAGUGUGAUGCAGGAGUACACAUGACACAUAAUUAUGUGCUUAAGAUCUUAUUUUGCUGAAUCAGAAAUGUUUUUUUGUUAUCAUAAAUUAGUCGGGGCAAAUAUUUUAACAGUUGAAUGUUUUUAUUAUUCAUUUCUGUAUUUAAAAAAAUCUAAAUCUAAUAGAAAACAUAUUUCAAAUUUAUGUAAUUAUUUGUUUUUAUUUUAUUCCAUUUUAAUGUAAUAA